CAUUUGACUGUUAUUGUCAAAAUCGUGUAUAGCUCAACCAGUUGAAAAAUGGCCAUCUGGAGCUCGAUUUUACGUUCUCCGCAAAUUUGUACUGCGAUUGUCCGCAGCCCGGCACUGUGCAAUGCUAGUAAAAAUGCACUGAUGCAGUACCGCGCUAUGUCCGGUGGCCAUGGACCGAGAAUGUUUACCAUCACACCCUCACGAUUCCAGUGGCACAAGUUUAAGGAUCUGUUUCAUUUCUACGUAAUGGUUGGUGCGAUCCCGGUUCUCGCGAUAGUGUUCUAUACAAACGUCUUCAUUGGACCAGCUCAGCUGACUGAAAUUCCGGAAGGAUACGAGCCAAAACACUGGGAAUACCACAAACAUCCGAUCUCACGUUUUAUCGCGCGCUACAUAAUGAACAAUCCGCAGCAGGAUUAUGAAAAGAUGCUGCACUUUUUGCACGAGGAAGGUGAGAAAGCUGAGAUGCUGGCGCUGGAGAAGAAGAUUCGUGAGAAGAUGGCUGAGAGACAAGACUAUCAGUCGUACUAUUAUCGUCCUGCCAUCGGCAAAUACCAUCGGGUGGCGAAGGAAGCAGCAGAUCACAUCGACUCGCUGCGUGGUGAUAAUUAAGCGGUGGGAAUGUAUCGAAGCAAUGUAGAUUCAUUAUUCAAUAAACGUUUUCCUAAAUGAAA